AUGACGGCAGAGACACGCUGGAAACAUCGGCCGCUCGGCACAGAUCAGAGACCGGAGCCAAAUGCUGAACAGGACGAGGCCAGCUCUGCACCAGACGCCCAACCCGGUCCUCCAACCGGGUCCCUGCUCUUCACCACAGGUCCUCCAGCCCGGUCUCUGCUCUUCACCACAGGUCCUCCAGCCCGGUCUCUGCUCUUCACCACAGGUCCUCCAGCCCGGUCUCCGCUCUUCACCACAGGACCUCCAGCCCGGUCUCCGCUCUUCACCACAGGACCUCCAGCCUGGUCCUCCUGCAGAUCGGAGAAGAUGUUUCUGUUGCAAGGACUGAAGUCUGGCGGCGGUGGUGGCGGUGGAGGAGUUGGUAACCUUCUACAAGGAGCCAUCAGUGGCCUGUCGGGUUCUGGACAAGGUGGAGGAGCCGGUGGUGUCGGUAACCUUCUACAAGGGGCCAUCAGCGGCCUGGCAGGUUCUGGACAAAGUAGAGGUGCCGGUGGCCAAGGUGGCGGCGGCGGUGGAGGUGUCGGUAACAUCCUCGGAACCAUCAGUGGUCUGGCGGGUUCUGGGCAAGCUGGAGGUGCCGGAAAGUUCAUCAAGGGGGCCAUUGACACUCUGAGUGGUGGCGGCGGGGGCGGCGCGCAGGCUGGUGGGCCCGGGAAGCUUUUUGCUUCCGGCCCCGGUGGUGGAGGUGGUGGUGGAGGGAACAUCCUCGGGGGAAUUCUCGGCUUAAUCGGCAAUGCCAUUGCAAACUACAAGCCAGAGCCUCCCCCGGCCCCGUGUGCCAACGUUUACCAACAAGAAGCCACGGAGAACGAGGAGCAGCAGCAGUUCCGCCGCCUCUUCCGCCAGCUGGCCGGGGAGGACAUGGAGGUCUCCCCCGUGGAGCUCCAGAACGUCCUGAACAAGGUGGUGUCCAAACACCAGGACCUAAAAACCGACGGCUUCAGCAUCGACACGUGCCGCAGCAUGGUGGCCGUCAUGGACAGCGACGGCACGGGCAAGCUGGGCUUCGAGGAGUUCAAGUAUCUCUGGAACAACGUCAAGAAGUGGCAAUGUAUCUACAAACAGUACGACACGGAGAAGACCGGCUACAUCCCCGCCGCCUCCAUGCCGGCCGCCGUGCAGGCCGCCGGCUUCCAGCUCAACGAACAGCUUCACCAGCUGCUCAUCCGCCGCUACGCCGACAACAAAGGCAACGUGAACUUUGACAGCUUCAUCAGCAGCCUGGUCCGCAUGGACUGCAUGUUCCGGGCCUUCAAAGCCCUGGACCGGGAGGGCAACGGCGAAGUCCAGGUCCGGCUACCCGAUUGGCUGAAGAUGACCAUCUCCCGGUCUCCGCUCUUCACCACAGGACCUCCAGCCCGGUCUCCGCUCUUCACCACAGGUCCUCCAGCCCGGUCUCUGCUCUUCACCACAGGACCUCCAGCCCGGUCUCCGCUCUUCACCACAGGACCUCCAGCCUGGUCCUCCUGCAGAUCGGAGAAGAUGUUUCUGUUGCAAGGACUGAAGUCUGGCGGCGGUGGUGGCGGUGGAGGAGUUGGUAACCUUCUACAAGGAGCCAUCAGUGGCCUGUCGGGUUCUGGACAAGGUGGAGGAGCCGGUGGUGUCGGUAACCUUCUACAAGGGGCCAUCAGCGGCCUGGCAGGUUCUGGACAAAGUAGAGGUGCCGGUGGCCAAGGUGGCGGCGGCGGUGGAGGUGUCGGUAACAUCCUCGGAACCAUCAGUGGUCUGGCGGGUUCUGGGCAAGCUGGAGGUGCCGGAAAGUUCAUCAAGGGGGCCAUUGACACUCUGAGUGGUGGCGGCGGGGGCGGCGCGCAGGCUGGUGGGCCCGGGAAGCUUUUUGCUUCCGGCCCCGGUGGUGGAGGUGGUGGUGGAGGGAACAUCCUCGGGGGAAUUCUCGGCUUAAUCGGCAAUGCCAUUGCAAACUACAAGCCAGAGCCUCCCCCGGCCCCGUGUGCCAACGUUUACCAACAAGAAGCCACGGAGAACGAGGAGCAGCAGCAGUUCCGCCGCCUCUUCCGCCAGCUGGCCGGGGAGGACAUGGAGGUCUCCCCCGUGGAGCUCCAGAACGUCCUGAACAAGGUGGUGUCCAAACACCAGGACCUAAAAACCGACGGCUUCAGCAUCGACACGUGCCGCAGCAUGGUGGCCGUCAUGGACAGCGACGGCACGGGCAAGCUGGGCUUCGAGGAGUUCAAGUAUCUCUGGAACAACGUCAAGAAGUGGCAAUGUAUCUACAAACAGUACGACACGGAGAAGACCGGCUACAUCCCCGCCGCCUCCAUGCCGGCCGCCGUGCAGGCCGCCGGCUUCCAGCUCAACGAACAGCUUCACCAGCUGCUCAUCCGCCGCUACGCCGACAACAAAGGCAACGUGAACUUUGACAGCUUCAUCAGCAGCCUGGUCCGCAUGGACUGCAUGUUCCGGGCCUUCAAAGCCCUGGACCGGGAGGGCAACGGCGAAGUCCAGGUCCGGCUACCCGAUUGGCUGAAGAUGACCAUCUUUGGAAGGAAGAGUAAGUCUCCUCGCAGGGGUUCCAAUCCUCCCGCACGCCGUCCAGACCUAGAAGAGGAAACUCCGGCUGGAUCCCCCUCCGGGGUGUGUGACCGUCACAUUCCCGUACCCCCCGGACUGCAUCCAACAGGAAACCUGGAACUUCGCUGUACAUUCAUACACUCGGGGACACCAGCCGGCCUGACCUCAGUCAUGUGA